AGUUUGUCCUGUAAAUUUACUGGGCCGUGAUCUGAUGUGCAAACUGGGAAUUCAGAUUUCCUCUGGGUCUCAGGGGCUGACCAUAUCAUGUUCAUCUUCUGACACUGAGGAAAAAGAUUUAAUGAUGGUUAAAUAUAACCCAAGAGCUCCCUGCUAUGCUUAUCAGUGGAAAAUGGGAAGCUCCCCUCUUUCUUCACACUGGCUGUCCCUCUGCAGAGCCAGAGUCUCCCCUGGGGCAGAGGUGAUGGGGGAGAGGGAAUUACAUUGCACAUCCUACAUCUGUCCUGAUGGGCCAGAUCAGCAGUAUGAAAAAAUCUUUUUUAGGGACUGCUCUGACAAACUGACUGUGACAUGUAUGUUUUGGAAUGAAAGUAUGUGUGUUUUGUCUGUCUCACUAACCUCUGACCAACAGAAGUUGUUUAAACUUCACACACACCCACACGUGUCUCUUUCCAAGUCCCACUCGACUGAGUGGAAGGAUUUGGGCCCCUUUGUUGCUACUGCUCUCAGAGAGUCUCGGUGGCAAUCCACUCAUGACUCAGCAGUUUUGUUUUCUCCAAGGCUGGGUGUGUUUAAGCAGAGCAUGCUCUCUGUGAUUCAUUGCCAGAAAAGUGUUCAGUUGGUAGAUGAGGAUUUUCUGACAUGUUUAUCUGCUGACUCACCCUUGCCACCUGUUCCCCCAGCCCUCUCUCAGGUUCCCUCUGAUUUGUGGGCUACCUCUCCCCAUGAUGUGGGCCUGGUUAAGAACUGCCCCCCAGUAGUCAUCACUCCGAAAUCUGACUACCGCCCCUGCCAGAAGCAAUAUCCUCUCAAACCUGAAGCUUUGGAGGGUAUUACACCUGUCUUUAAUUCACAUCUUAGGAGUGGUAUUGUUGUUUCUUGUCCAAAUUCACCUGUUCGCACUCCUAAUUUCCCAAUCAUGAAACCACGUAAACCACCAGCCAAACCUGACUGGCGUUUUGUCCAAGAUCUCCAAGCUGUCAAUAAAGCAGUUAUUUCACGGGCCCCUAUGAUGCCCAACCCCCACACCAUCGUGUCGCAGAUUCCUCCUACUGCUACACAUUUCUCCGUGGUAGAUCUGGCAAAUGCUUUUACGUCUGUUCCUGUUCAUCCAGACAGCCAAUUCUGGUUCGCUUUUGAGUUCAAUGGGAAACCAUACACUUGGACCCGGCUUCCCCAGGGGUACUGUGAGUCCCCCACAAUCUACAAUGAGGUACUAAGAGAUUCUCUUUCUUCUUUGCAGCUUCCACAGGGCGUAGUUUUAUUAACUUACGUUGAUGACCUUCUGCUCUGCUGUCCUUCUGCCUCCUUGUGUGAGGAGGCCACACUGGCCCUCCUCCUCCAUCUUCAUUCUGAGGGUCAUAAAGCCAGUCUGCGUAAACUACAGUUCUGCCAGCCUCAAGUCAUCUUUCUAGGGCAUCACAUUUCUGCCACCACCAAGGCCCUGACCCCUAAACGGAUUGAGGCCAUUCAGAAAGCACCAAAACCUGUUACCAAGAAACAGCUGAUGUCAUUUCUAGGUAUGGUAGGGUUUUGUCGGGCCUUUAUUCCACAUUUUUCUGAACUUGAGGCCCCCCUGACUUCCUGUAUACAUGGUAAGAAUCUAUCUGCUCAUGACCAUUUCUUCUGGACCCCGGAGGCUGAGCAGGCUUUCCUGUCUGUGAAACAAGCGCUGUGUUCUGCUCCAGCCCUGGCUCUGCCAGAACCAGCCAAACCUUUCUUUCAGUUUGUUGAUGAAAAACAUGGUUUCAUGUCUUCUGUUCUCCUUCAACAGCACGGCUCUCACAAGCGCCCGGUGGCCUAUUACUCUUCCAAGCUCGACUCUGUUGCUGCGGGUCUUCCUGGCUGUCUGAGAGCUGUGGCUGCAUGUGAGAAGGCUGUACUUGCAUCACGUGACAUUGUGGGAUACAGUGAGCUAACUGUUUUUGUUCCUCAUUCUGUAUCCAUCAUUUUGCUCGAACAAAAGACUUCUCAUCUGUCUGCAGCUAGAUGGCUGAGAUACACCACAGUUCUUCUCGAUAUGCCUAACAUCACUACGAAACGGUGUACAUCACUUAACCCUGCCACUCUUCUUCCUACCGCAGAAGAUGGUGUUCAUCACUGUUGUGAGACUGUUCUGUCUGAAAUCUGCACUCCGAGACCAGAUUUAUCUGAUGAGCCUCUUCCUAACUCUGAUCUCAUUCUUUUUUGUGAUGGCUCCUCCUUCAGAGACCAUUCUGGUAAGAACAGAGUGGGUUUUGCUGUCUGUGAUGAGCAUCAGGUUCUCUUCUCUGGCUCCCUCCCUUCACAAUUCUCUGCUCAGACAGCUGAACUUGUUGCUCUCACUGAGGCCUGUAAAUUCGCACAAGGUAAGUCCCUGACUGUGUAUACCGAUUCGCGUUACGCCUUUGGUGUAGUUCAUGACUUUGGUGCGUUGUGGCGUCACCGUAAUUUUUUGAAAUCUGAUGGUAGGCCUAUUUUGAACUCCACACAGGUUGCGGCUCUCCUUGACGCUAUUCUUCUUCCUUCAGAUGUCGCUGUAGUGAAAUGUCAAGCUCACACUAAAGACACUUCCUCUGUUGCCCGUGGCAACGCCUUGGCCGACCAGGCUGCUAAGCAGGCAGCUCUGUCAGCCUCGCCGCACAUUCUCACCUCUUCUCCUCUCACAGAAGAGGAUCACUCUCCUCCCUGUUCUCUACAGGACAUCCAGUCUUUUUCUACUCCAGAGGAACGCUCUGUCUGGAAGGCUAACUCCUGCACCCCUGAUUCUGCAGGCUAUAACACCGCCCGCCCUCUUGCCUGCCCUCCAGCUGGUCAUACACCACCUAAUCAGCCUUUUGAUCAUUUGAUGAUGGAUUUCAUUGAGUUAACACCUGCAGAAGUUCUCUCACAGGUGCAGAGUGUGGUGAAAGAGGUCCUGCCACGCCCAGCAUCAGAUCUGCUUCACUCCUUGGUUCCGGGAGACUGGAUCUUGGUUCGAGAGACGAGGAGAAAGCACUGGCGGUCUAAAAGGUGGCUGGGUCCCUUCCAGGUCCUGUUGGUCACUCAUACAGCCGUGAAGGUCGCUGAAAGGUCCACGUGGAUUCACGCGUCCCACUGUAGAAGGUUUCAAAGUACCCCAACUCCAGCUGACCUCUCAACCACAGGGCAGAAUAAUCCCUGAGGUCAGCCCCGUGCGAGAUGGUCCAUUCUCCACGGGACAACAUGAAGUACACCCAGACUGCCGUGAGGGGAUGGUCGUGCGUCAUCCUCUUCAUCCUUAUCACCUCCCUCCUCUGGUACCUGGAUCCAACCGGACCUCACCUGACACAACGCACCCCAGCUUCGUCCCAACCCGCCAGACGACUGCAGGGGACAGAAGCACCCUCCUUCAGGAGGCACCGCCGAGAUAACCACAUCCUUCAGCAUCAUGAUCACACUGAGAAUCUUUGGUGGCAAGUUGCCAAUAUGUCUGCUCAUAAAUUGACAAAUGACAGUUGCUAUGUUUGUGGACUGGUGCCGCAUGCCACACCCACUCAAUCAGUUUUUAUUCCAUAUCCAGUCCCUUUGAAUACCACUUUGUGGACUCUGAUCAUGGGUAAUAGAUUACACCCUAGGAACAUUACUUGGCCACACCAGCGCCCUCCCCUCUCCUGGAGGAGACCAGCUGAGUUUUCCAGCAACACAAACUCCACUUGUGUUUCAUCCAGAACUGUCUUCCGCUUAAGGGAUCGUACAAAUCCAUAUUCUUCUCCACCUCUUUGUUUUCAGCGAAAUGGGACAGAUGCACUAUUCUUUUUAGGACACACUCUAGGUUGUCAGCGUAUCAUUUCAGCCUCAUGUAUAUCCUCACCUUGCCCCAAACGCUCUGACCCGUUCACUUUAAAUCCUCGUGAUUUAUUCCCUGAUAGUUCUCCCUCUACAGAGUGGGCCUCAGGAGUUGUUGUGUUUAACCUUACAGCUCUCUUACCUUUUCCUGACCUUCCUAUGUACAAUAAUUCUGUUCUUAACACCAUUUGGUCUUAUAUCCCAUCAGAUACCGGCUUUGGAUGUCCUCAGAACAUAGUUUGGACAUGUGGCAGACACUCUUAUAUUUACCUUCCUGUCAAUUGGUCUGGAACAUGUUAUCUGGCUUAUCUGCUCCCUGAUGUCUCUGCGUUUACUCUAACCCCAAAUGGUACAUUGCGGCCUUUUCCUGAACCCUUUCAUCACCCCCAUCGUGUUAAACGCGGUAUCUUCUCUCCACAGAUGAAAGGAUUUAGGAUGGCUUUGCCCUGGUGGGGGUUGGGGAACUAGCAUGGACUGUGGAAGAUCUAUCAAUCUCUUUGGAAAAUUUAACCUCUUUAUGUGUGAUUAAUAUGUUGCAUUUUAAUCAAAGGGGUGGAUUGUAAUGGAAAAUUUAUUCAUAUACCCUUAUAGUUUGUAGGUUACACUUUGUAUGUCUGUGUAUUUAGAUAAGAACUCCU